AACCUUUCAAAACGCGGAGAGAUAACGAAGCAACGAAUUAAAAAUUGUGUCACGAAAGGAACCUAUGAGUUUACGAACUCGGAAUCUGCAGAACAAAGGUGCACGGCGAAGUUAUCAUACGUGGCCAGCACGCCUGAUAAAACCUUGAACACGUACAGUUUUGCGGACUUGCAAGAUUUGAGGGGACGCGCCCUAUUGAUCGCGAAGUCGCCUGUUACAUCAAAAAUUUCCGAAGACGGGGACAAUGGAGUCGAUGAGAUUACUUCGGAUGAUAUGAAUGAAUUUGUCAUUCAGGUUGACCUCGCUCAGCAGAUCAUUAACGUAGCGUCAAUUCUAAUAGAAAGACAUUUUACAUAUCGAAAAUUUAAUGUCACAACUUCUUCUACAAAGGAUAUGGAAGAUUUGCAUAAAAUGCUGGCAGCAGAUCUGGAGGAAUGGGAAAGAAUCGUGGACACAGCACAGCAAGAUCAUUAUUACUUGACCUUUUAUCCUGCACAUUAUGUCCUAAACUUUUAUGAUUACUUCUUUUUCAAAGAAAAUGACUCUAAUCGAUUGGAUGUUAUUAAGA